AAGUCUCGACAUCUGUAGUCCUCGGUCGACUGCAGUUCAACCCCUCCCACCCUCCCUAGUGUUUCCGCAAGCUUUCGCUACUCAUCAUGUCUUUCUUCGGCUUCGACACGAACCUCCCUCGGGACAAGCAAGACAGAGAUGCUGGUCGCGGCUUCUUUGCCGGCCAGCAGGAUGCCUUUGCCUUUGCCAAUCGCGACAAUGCCGCCGAGCAGGGCGACGUCCUCAACUUCGAUGAUUCAUACGAUGCCUUGGGUGACAAGCUCGACGAGGCUGGCGAUGCCUUCAACGACGAUACCUUUGGUGGUGGUGGCCGUGUAGGCAAGGACUUCGACUUCUUCGGCACCACCAACAAGGUCGCCGGUACUCUGGAAGAAGAGCAGGCACUUCACUAUGCCCGUCAACCUCCCCCGAAUCAGCAGCGCUUCCAACACCAGCAACAGCAACAACCCAAGCCCGCUCGUUCUGGUUACGAAAACUACUCCAAGCCCGAGUACAUCCCUCAGCUCGAAGCCAAUGCCAGCAUCUGGGGUCUUCCUUCCAAAAGACCCAAUCAACAGCAGCAGCAGCAGCAGCAACAGCAGGAGCCCCAGUUCAAGCCCUCGACUCCUGCUAGCAGAAAGAUGAUGAGCCUCGAGGAGGUCGAGGCUUCAAUGCGCGCCCAGUCACGACCCCUGUCUGGCGCCAUGAACAUGCCUCAGCAGCACACUCCCGUCCAGGAGCCUUUCGGUGCUCCAGGAAGCUUCCCCGGUGUGCAGCAGAUGCAACAACACACUCCGCGACAGCCCUCGAGAGAGCCUCAGAUGGCUUCUCCUUUCCCUCAAGCCCCCCACAUGCCCGUCCAGCCUCCGCCAGGCAUGCAAAACCCCGGUUUGAUCGCUCAGCAGCUCCAACAACAGAUGCCCCCCACUGGCUCUCCUUCCGGUCCCCCACCCGGCGAGUCAGGCCAUGGCCACCGCGGCUCCUACUCUGGUCCUCCCAUCACCCAGGCCAACCAGAUGAUGCAGCUGUCCGAUGAGCAGCGUGCCCACUUCCUCGCUGAAGAAGCAAAACGCGCCAAGCGCAACCACAAGAUCUUCUUGCUGUCCAAGGACAACGGCCUCAUGACUCCCCAAGACAAGAACUUCAUCACUCGCAUUCAGCUGCAACAGCUCCUUACUGCCACUGGUGGCGUCGACGAGCAGUCUUCGGAUGCUCAACUGGCCGAGGACUUUUACUACCAGGUUUACGCUCAGAUCCGUGGUGCCCCAAGACAACACCCCGGUCAGCCUCUGAACCAGUUUGCUCAGACCUACCUUUUCCAGACCGGUGGUCGCUAUGGAGCAGGCCGCAGACAUCCUCGUGGUGGUGAUAACCACAUGCAGAGAAUGGAGCAGCAGGUUCAGCGCGCUGUCGAGGCUGCCAAGGCCAGACCCAAGAAUAGACAACUGAUUGUCGAGGGUAGCUUGGGCAAGAUUGCUUUCAGCAACUCCAAGACACCCCGUCCUCUACUGAGCUUCAAGCGCCCCGACAGUGAGAGCAAGACUCCCAGUCAAAGAGCUGCCAAGCCUAGCGUUGCGGAUCGCAAGUCCACUCUUCGCAACAUCGAAAACGUAUACGAGACUUUGAUGCAAAUGGAAGACCACGAGCGUCACCUCCCGCCGCCACCAAAUGAGGAGAGUCACCCUGAUGCUAUUCAGCGCCACAUAGAAUGGAGACAGAGGGCUCACGAGCUCAACCAGAAGCUGUGGUUCAACCUACGAGUUAUGGAGCCCAUCCAGCAAAAUCCUUCAAGUCCUCACCCUUUCAUUGCCAUCUUGUCUCACGCCAAGGGCAAGAAGGCCAUUCCCCGUGUCUUCCGCCACAUCGACGACCAACAGCGUCUGACCAUUUUGACCAUUCUCAUCAUCCACCUCGACAUCCUCGAUGUCAUCCGUUUGGCAUACCCUCACCCUGACGAACCUCAAUUGCCUCGCGCCGUCCGUGAUGAAGUCGAGCUGUUCAGCCAAGCUGUCAUUCCUACUCUGCUUGCCUACAUUGGCGAUGCUCCGCUCAACAUUAUUAGCGGUCUUGUUGGCCUUGUCCUCGACAGAGUAAAUGUGCAAGCAAUCGUCCGCACCAAGAUUGGUGUUGCCAUGCUCACCAUGCUCGUCUCGCGCGCCUUCCUCGUCAAGCAACAAGCAAGUGCUCAAGUCUCGGAUGAAGACUGGGCACAAUGGACUCAGCUCUACAACCGUCUCUUCGACCUAGCUGAGCCCGUCCUUCCUUACAUAUUCACCACCGAUAACGUCAACACCAGCAACGAUUUCGAGAUCUGGCAGUUCUUGGCUACUAUGGGUGUCAGCGCCAGUCCCGAGCAACAACAACGUUUGGUCUUGGGCGUCAAGGACAGAGUCAUGGCUACUGUGGAGAUCUCCAAGCAACUGCCUCAAGACAUGGCCGCUAGAAAAUUGGGCGAGGUCAACCUUUUCAUGAGAGCCAUUGGUUUGGAUGUUGAGUUGCUGGGUUAAUUGCAACAUGAGUUUCUAGCCGAAAGAAACAAGGCAAGAGUCAAGACUGUAUUUGGGGAUACAAGUCAACUCUUCCUCCUUUUAUCUCGGCAGGACCUUUCUUGUUCCUUUUACGAAAACGAAGUCAUUG